GGGAGGAUGCCGGGGAAGCGGGGCUCGGCGGGCGGCGGCGGCGGCAGCGAGCUCCCGGGGGCCGGCGCGCCGCGGCAGCGCAGGCGGCGGAGGAAGGUCUCCUGCUUCUCCAGCAUCCAGCUCUUCCUGGUGUCCGAGUGCGCUCUGAUGCUGGCCCAGGGCACGGUGGGAGCCUACCUGGUGAGUGUUUUAACCACCUUGGAGCGGCGAUUCAAUCUCCAGAGUGCCGACGUGGGCGUCAUUGCCAGCAGCUUCGAGAUUGGCAACCUGGCGCUCAUCCUCUUCGUGAGCUACUUCGGAGCCCGAGGACACCGGCCACGCUUGAUAGGAUGUGGAGGGAUAGUCAUGGCCCUGGGUGCCCUCCUUUCUGCCUUGCCUGAAUUUCUGACCCACCAGUACGAGUAUGAAUCGGGGGAAAUACGCUGGGGAGCUGAAGGGAGGGAUGUGUGUGCUGUCAACGGGUCCAGCAGCGAUGAGGGACCAGACCCGGACCUUAUCUGCAGGAAUAGGACUGCUACCAACAUGAUGUACUUGCUGCUCAUCGGGGCACAGGUCCUCCUGGGCAUUGGUGCUACCCCUGUCCAGCCCCUGGGAGUUUCCUACAUCGAUGACCACGUGAGGCGGAAAGAUUCCUCCCUCUACAUAGGGAUCCUGUUUACGAUGCUGGUAUUUGGACCAGCCUGUGGAUUUAUCUUGGGCUCCUUCUGUACCAAAAUCUAUGUGGAUGCUGUCUUCAUUGACACAAGUAAGCUGGACAUAACCCCGGACGACCCUCGGUGGAUCGGAGCGUGGUGGGGAGGCUUCCUGCUCUGCGGUGCCUUACUCUUCUUCUCGUCCCUGCCCAUGUUCGGCUUCCCGCAGUCGCUGCCGCCGCGGCCGGAGCGCGCCGGGGAGAGCGAGCAGGCCAUGCUCCCCGACAGGGACUACGAGCGCCCCAAACCCAGCAACGGCGUCCUGCGGCACCCCCUGGAUGGGGACAGCGGCACCAGCUGCUUCCAGCAGCUGCGAGUGAUCCCCAAGGUGACCAAGCACCUGCUGUCCAACCCCGUGUUCACCUGCAUCAUCCUGGCAGCCUGCAUGGAGAUCGCGGUGGUGGCCGGCUUCGCCGCCUUCCUGGGCAAGUACCUGGAGCAGCAGUUCAACCUCACCACCUCAUCUGCCAACCAGCUCCUGGGGAUGACAGCAAUCCCAUGUGCAUGUCUGGGCAUAUUCCUGGGUGGCCUCUUGGUGAAGAAGCUCAGCCUGUCUGCUCUGGGAGCCAUCAGGAUGGCCAUGCUGGUGAACCUGGUGUCCACAGCUUGCUACGUGUCCUUCCUGUUCCUGGGGUGUGACACUGGACCUGUGGCAGGGGUUACUGUUCCCUAUGGAAACAACUCAACUCCAACCUCAUCUCUGGACCCAUAUUCCCCCUGCAAUAACAACUGUGAAUGCCAAACUGAUUCCUUCACUCCAGUGUGUGGGGCAGACGGGGUCACAUACUUAUCUGCCUGCUUUGCUGGCUGCAGCAGCACGAACCUCAGCGGCUGUUCGUGCCUCACCUCGGUCCCUGCCGAAAACGCCACCGUGGUUCCUGGCAAGUGCCCCAGCCCUGGGUGCGAAGAGGCCUUCCUGACAUUCCUGUGUGUGAUGUGUGUCUGCAGCAUGAUCGGGGCCAUGGCACAGACACCGUCAGUCAUCAUCCUCAUCAGAACCGUGAGCCCUGAACUCAAGUCUUACGCUCUGGGGGUGCUUUUCCUGCUGCUCCGGUUGCUAGGUUUUAUCCCACCUCCGCUGAUCUUCGGGGCCGGGAUUGACUCCACGUGUCUGUUCUGGAGCACGUUCUGUGGCGAGCAAGGAGCCUGUGCACUGUAUGACAACGUGGUCUACAGAUACCUGUAUGUCAGCAUUGCUAUUGCCCUCAAGUCCUUUGCAUUCAUCCUGUACACAACCACCUGGCAGUGCUUGAGGAAAAACUAUAAAAGAUACAUCAAGAACCAUGAAGGUGGUCUCAGCACUAGUGAGUUUUUUGCCUCUACUCUCACCCUAGACAAUCUGGGGCGGGACUCGGUGCCCCAAAAUCAACCACAUAGGACAAAAUUUAUCUAUAACCUUGAAGAUCAUGAGUGGUGUGAAAAUAUGGAGUCUGUUUUAUAGUGACUGUGGAAGGGUGAACUAUAUUAAUAAUACAAGGGUCCUUUUUAAUAAAAACAAGGAGAGAGCACGAAUGAAAGAAGAAACAACUGCAAAACAGCAACAGCAACACAGGAAACUUUUGUCUUUUUCUCGAAGUCAGACCCAGCCAGGAUUCUUGAGAACAGCAUCUUUUAAUGGGAUCAUUUGUGACAUCCUGCAGGGUGAUGGAGAAAGGGGGGAGCCCUUGUGGUUGGGUACCAGCCCCUUUGGUGACAGUACGAGCUUCCAAGGAGGGCAUCUGCAGAGGUUCACCGGAGAAAUGGGCACAGAGAAAGCAAGCUGAUAACAGCAGGGUGAUAACAGCAAGCUGAUAACAGCAGGGUGAUAACAGCAGGGUGAUAACAGCAAUAGGUUUGUCCCAGCUGGGAUGGGGUGUGUGGAGCCCUGCAGGGCUGGCCAGGCUGGGUGCUGCUCCACCCUGCUGCGAUGGCAAAGAGGGAGCGGUGCUGGAGUCCCUCCACCAGUCACACUCUGUCACCAGCCACGAGUCCACAAUAAAUACCUUGAAAGCUGCUGGAAACCUUCCCAGUGGCGAGCAAUGCUGUCAGGGGUAUCCAAGUCCUUCCAGCCCAGGCUUAUUCACAGAUUGCAGCUUCGUGGCUGUCUGUGAAUAACUGUGCUCAGAUCUCAAACCCAGUGGAGUUCAAGACAUUUGCUCACACUUGCCAAACGUGCUGUCAUUUUUAAAGGGGGAUGAGUUCCAAAUACUUAUCUGUGUAGUCCUUUAAUAAGAUGGUUUUUUUGAAAUUAUUUUCAAAUCUAUGUUAACCCUUAAAUCGCUGACACUUUUCCAUGAGGAGGAUUUAUUUAUGCUAGUUUGGGUAAAGGAUCCUGUUUAAUUCACCCAAACGUAAUGUGACUCAAGGGGUUUGUUUAAUCCUCUGCAUUUUUUAUCCAUACGCCUUCAUUCUAAUAUGCUACCAAGCCAAUGAAGACACAUAAUAUGUUUUUGAAAAAGAGAAUGAAUGCACUGUGUCUCUAUAAAAACAAUUGUCUGUUGGAGAAUUAUAGAUAAAAUGACGAUUUACAUAAUAUAGUUUUUUCAUAUUCUAUGUGACUCAGUGAAUACAUAUAUAUGUGGAGAGGCUGUUUAUGUUCUCUCCAGUUUUUAAAGAUAUAUAUAUAUAAUUUGCAAUCUAGAAAUUGUGUGGUGGAUGUUUUCUUUAAAGUGUGUGUGUGUGUAUGUGUGUGUGUGUGUGUGUGUGUGUGUACACAAGAUGAGAGAAAUACUGACCUUAAUCCUUCAACCCUCACAAUUGUUAUUUUAUUUUUCACCUGAGAAAUUCCACUGACUUUCAGUGGGAAGCCAUGUGAGAAAGAUGAAAUAAUCUCUCCUGGACGCCGCAUUUUGUUUGUACAUGUGGGAAUAGUGUUCCUCUGGAAGGCUGGGUUAUGGGAGCAGAGGCUGGCCAGCAUUGAGCAACUCAAAUUUCCAUUCAGCUCCCCACAAAGCUUCCAUGCAGGAGCAGAUUUGGCUUGGCUCUUGCAGUUCAGUCUUACCUAAACCUGCAAACACCGUGGGGAAACUUUCAUCUGAUUAUGAGAAGCAUGGGGGUCAGACUUAUUUUGUAUGCAUAUUUUUGUUUUCUAAAACAUUCCUGCUGAGAAGCAAUGCAAAUUGGUGGCAUUUGAUGAGUUUUUCCCCAGGAACCAGACUUGUUUCCGAUGGACUAAAUGUCAGAAGGGCUUUAAGGGUUAGCAUCAUAAUUAAAAGUUCCUUUUUUUGUGUGAAUUUCGAAGCUGUUGUGAACUUGAGGAUGCUUAGAGGAGUAACCUGGCAUGUUGAGUCAAAUGCUGGAUGUCACUUCCAUGCAGGUGGCAGAGGGGCUGACCUUCCCCAAGUCCAUUGCUGCAGUGGACACCCCAGAGCUGGCACAAUUACAGAGGGUUGGUAACUUGUCACUCAUGUUCAACACCUUUUUAGCAGACUUUGAUCUUAUCCAGGCUUUGCAACAUGGGUGUGGGGUAUCAAACUUCCACUUGACCAACUUUUCAUGUGUGUUUGCAACUUGUGCACAGAAUUACAUGUUCAGCAACAAUAAGGGCAGGAAAAAGGGUGUAUCAAAUAAACUCUAUCGUGCCAAAUAUUCAACAAAUAUUGUAACUGCAGAUAAUUAAUUCUUGGGUUUCAGCCAUGUUAAGAAUCACUCAAUUGAUGAAGGAGUUGAAGGAAAAAAUAUUAAGCUAUGCAGUGCCAUUGUUACAUUGGGUGGUAAAUGAUGCUUUUUAGACCAUUACAUUGGUUUAGUAUAUCCUAUCUGCUAAAAUAGAGAUACUGCAUCCAUAAAACAAUUAAUUCCAAAAAGGCACAGGGUGCAUAACUGUCUCAUCAAAUAUAUAUAAUUGUCAAGUAUAAGCCUCUGAAAUCAUUCUGUACAGUUCUCUUCAUUCUGCAGAUUUAUUACUUAGACUGCUGUCUUUCCAAAUGUUAGCUCAUAAUUUUUAUAUUAUACACACACUUUCAGACUCGAACACAAAUGUCACAGAAUGGAACCUUUAUAAAAGCCUGAUUGCUUGAAAUUUCAUAACCCCUUUUACAUUUCAUGAUUUUCCCCUCUGAAAGACCAAGGUGAAGGAGAAUAGCAUGCUGAUUGAUAUGAUGUAAAACAAACUCCCAGUGUUCAUGAGCUGUGCUUUGUUGGUACAGUCAAAAGUCCCCCUUGACCAGUGUUAUAGAAACAGGAUUCCUGGGCACAUAACAUUUUCAUUUUUGUUUUUCUUUACUUUUUUCAUUUGAUCUCUUCUCUUAGUAUGUGUGGGAGAUGCAGUUGAAUGGGGUUACAUUAUUUUUAAGCUGUAAAUUGAAAAUCCUACAUGAUUGUUAUUUUCUUUUGAUAAUGGAACUUUUGAAAAGCUUUUUCCCCAUCCCCCUCUUUUUUUUUUCGUUUUUUUUUUUUCACAGGGUUAGGUCUGCAUGGUGAAGGGCUUUGCUGCCAGUGCUAUGGUACAGAUUUAAGAACAGAGCUUUAGUUUAAAGAAAACACACAGACUAAACCCUUCAUCCACACCAGCAGGCUUUUUUUUUUUUUUCUGAUUUCAGAACCACAAACCAUUUUUGCCUGCAACUCAAUUUUUGUUACAGAAUAACAGAUGAAGAGCAUCAGACAUCCUCCUUCUUCCCAAACUGCGUUAUGGGCUUCACUUGUCAGCAUUCACCUCCAUCCUGCAACUGCCUUAACCAUGCAGGAAACUUAAAAAAACAAGGAUGGAGUUAGAAAAAUGCCAUUCCCAGGAACAGAAACAGGGGCAUGGUCUGAGCUGUACAGUCCAGAUCCAAUGGUGGAAAUUAUUUCUUCAAAUUCAGGGGUUUGUUGAGGCCCCAAUCUCAGCAGAAAUGUUCUUUUGGCUUUUCCAAACACUGUGUACUCCACGUGGCUGUCUGCUAAGGAAUGGGAUGCUUGGAAAAACAAACUCCUUGAGAUUCUGCAGUCUCUCUGGGAUUGACCAGUUGCCUUGCAUGACUUCAGGUUGGGGUUUCCUUUCCCUUGCACAGAUCCCACUCUGGAAUAGCCCCAGUGGAAUCAAAAGGGAACCCCAAUCUAAAACUGCUGCAGAUGACACUGGAAUCGUUUUCUUUGCAUCCUUGUUAAUAAGGUGAUGCAUUUCCAGAAACUUCUUUUAAUACAUAUAGAAAUCAUCCAUUUUUCUGACUUUGCCCAGCACAUCUUGGAUGUAGAGUGAGACUGAAAAGUCCAUCACUUGAAUUAUCACUUGAAUAUCACAAGCCUUCCACUCUUGGCAGUUCAGCUCACAGGGACCUCCCUCUGCCAUUUCCCUGUGAGAUGCACUAAACUCCUGGGUGCUGCUGCUGUUAAUCGUGCUGAGGUCUCACCUUGCUCAGAAGGUGAGAAGGGAAAGAUGCAGAGAGGGAUUAGCUUCCAUUAUCUGACUGAGCUACGCUUCAAAAUGCUUCCAAAUUGAACUGAUGGUCUGCAGACAUCUGGAAAGUGAUUGGAGUAUUUCCAAAUGGCUGAGAUGCAUUGACUUCUUUUUCCUUGCAAAAAAAAAAAUAAAAAUUAAGGGAGUGACUGUGAUUUGGACCCCCUCCUAUACCCAUCAGAGUUUGGCGUUCAUCACGUUACAGAGGAGGAAAUGUGCUUAAAGUUCACCUUUGUGUCUCAGACAGACUCACGUUUUUUCUCACUAAAUGAGGUCCUGGGACAGAGAAAGGCAACUCCCAACUCCCUUUCACAACCAGCAGUUUCACUCCACAGCCAACCCACAAGAGCCUGAAGCCCACCAGCACUGUGAAGCUUUAGCCCCCAAGUCAGCCACAGCUGUUGCUGCCAUGUGAGAGUUUGUCACAGCUGGGUGUGUUUGGCUUGGUAUUUUCUUCAGACUUUGACAUUCUUGGUGUGAUGUUUGCUUUAUUCUUGGCAGGUGGUGUGGGGAAUUGUCAGUAUAAAAGACACAUGCAAAUGCUUCACUGGACUGAUGUGAUAACAGCUUUGGUUUUUUAUUCACAAGGGUUUCCAGACUUACUCCUGCUCUGCCUUUAAAUGCAGCCGUGCUCAUCUAUCCCCCUAAUUUCAUGUGAACUGUGUUUGCAGACAGGAGCAGGUUUGUUGUUGUUCUCUCUCAAGAUCUGAUUAAUAUGUGCAAAGCUCACAAGCUUCCUGUGCACAGGGCAGAGCACCCCUGGUUACAAGCAAUAAUCCUGACCUGCUCUCAUUUGCAAUAAGGGUUCUGGCUUUUUUUACCUAAAUCUGGAUUCACCUCUCCCGGCAUCCCACACUGCUGCUGUGACUCACCUGUUUUGUUGGCAGCCAAGAUACAACUGGUGAGAAUAUAGCAGCAGUUUAUUAAGAUGGGAACCUUUGGUGUGAGCCAGAUUCAGCCAUGAAUUCAGCUUAUCUGAUGAUUGAGACUGAUCCAAGGAGGAAAGGACAUUGUAACUGAGCCACUCUAAAGGGAUUAUCCACCCUUCUGUGCCCCUGGAGAGCCCUACCUCCACCAGACCCAUGUUUGUGUGUGUUUUCUUCCAAACUUCCACUGUUUUCUUCCUUUCUCUAGCCACAGUUCUUCCUUCCCUGAUGGCAAAGCACAGCUUGGCCAUACCAAGGCAUCCAGAGUUACCGAGAGGCAUUUAAAUUUGCCUGGGAUGCCAGCAGGUCUCACUUAGUUUUACAUAUGUUCAAAAUGUUCUAGUUUGUUCUGCUUAUAUCCCCUAAAUCUAUAACUUCUAGGCUGCAAAUGAUGUUUUCUAUCAUUCCAUUGACAUUUCUAGCCAAUCUAAGUCUUAAUACAAUUGCUUUGGUGAAAAAUGGCCUUUCAGCAGUUCUUAGACAUGAGGUACUUCUUUAUUAACUAGUGAUGCCAAGUAAAAUCUUCAGCCAUUGUCUGUUCCCUGAAUUCAGGGGAGCAGAAGGAAGCUGUGCCUGCCCAGAAGCAAUACUGAUGUUUCCUGUGAACAUGGACUGCUUUUCUUUCAGCUUCAGUCUUGCCUUGGCUGCUUGGCUCUGAGCAUCUCUUGGCCCCAAAUGGACACAGAGAAUUCAGGAGAAGCUGUGUGGACAGAGAAAUCCAUUUGUAGUGUUUAUGUUGUUUUGCUUGCUUCAAUCUGUAUUUGUUUGAUGAAUGAAGUGACCCCAGGGAUGGGGUCUUUGGGACGGGGUGAGUUUGUGAUGUUUCUCUCACUUUAUUCAGAUUAAGUGUGGCAGAGCAGGAUGUCCAGCCCUGAGAAGGAAGAGAUUUGUCAUACCCUGAACAGUUUGUAGUGCUGGAGUUGUUCUACACAAAGUUGGUGUCUGCAUAUGGCAGAAAGCAAUAAGAAACUUGUCAGCUACAACUCAGCAAAUAAUUUAUAGCAACUUCAUACAUGAAUUUUCCCUUUUUUUCUUCCUUGCAAAUUGCUGAGAAAACCAAGAAAAUGCCUCCAGAGUAUUUGCAAGGUCGUUUCUGCAUAUCAUCUGUGGUCUGGAGAAGCUGGAAAAGCUUUCUUGUAAUUCAAGGGGGGUUGUUCUGGAUGGACAUAAAACUCACAGGGCAUAUUUCUGCUCCCUGAGUUCCCUGGGCUGGAAUUUUCUCACCAGUAGGAGUAUUUAGUUCAGAAGUCUGUGAUUAGGAAUUGAGUAAGAGGAUCCUCGCUCAGUGCCAGUGGGCUGAGCACUGCUGGACACACAGUGCUCCAGGACAGCCAAAGUGCUGGCUUCCAACCCAGUCCACUUUCCAGGAAUAUUCUCUGACAAAUGCUUGAAAUUCUCAGCCUCUCCCACUAUUCCUACUGGUUAAAACACUCAUUUGAGUAAUUGCUGAGAGCAAACACCAGAAGGGUAUGAACCUAGACAAAACCAAAUUGGUAUUGAGGUGAAGCAGGUGGUACAAAUUUUAUUUGCGAUGUUUGCACAGCUCUUGGAUCGGAAGCAGAAACCUCUCGAGCAUCAAGAGAGUUGCAUGUGGCCUAACAUAUCUUAGUUCUUCCCAAAUGAAUUGCCCAUGGGUGGGGUAGCAAAAGGCAUCUUUCCCUGCCAUGGGUGUCUGAGCCCCCAAACCCGUUUGCUCUUGCAGUACGGCAUCGCACAAACACCGGUGCAUUUACCCCUCGGUGCAAGCAGUGCAGUUUUUGGUGCCUCACAACUCUAACUGUGAACUUGAAAGGAAGAAACGACCCCUGUUCUUCACCUGUGACUCUUCCUGCCAGGUCAGAGGAUGAGGAUGAUCCCUCUUGGAGACUCACAGCCGUUUCCCUAAAGCCUGGCUGCAGCAGGACCAAACGGUGCUCUGUGAUCACGGGUGGCCUAUUCCCUGUGCUCGGGGCUUAGCUCAGCUACAGCCCCACGUUGCCUUCACAGUGUUUUGGUGCAAAACAUGGUGAGGAGGCUGCCAGUGACAAGUGCUAAGGGCUGCCAGUGGUCUGUGACCACCAAAGUUUUGGCGUCUCCACGCUAGCACAUGGGAGCAGCUUCCCUCACCUGCUUUGGGGAAGGAGCCACCCCAGAGCAGGUCCAGAGGGAAACUGGAGCAGCGCUGGGACCGCACAACAGGGAGCUCUUGGUGCCACAUCUCUAGGGAGGAGGGGGUGGGAUGGAGCAGGGGAAGAGCUGUGACAUUUUAAAACCCAUAGUGCCUACCACUGCAAAUGGAACGCUGUAUUGUAUUAUAUUAUACGUGACUACCAUGUAAAUAAAGUACAAUAAAUGUGGUGUUCGUUAGGAUUUUGAUACAAGUCAAAUGCAGUCUGCAGAAAUGUUGGUUUUUUUUUUUCCCCUGCUGUAUGUACUCAUAUCACAUUCCAGGCACAGGGACAUUUGGAGUCGUGUGAGCUAGCAAUGCAUAAAUGGCAUUAGAUGGGCAUGUUUGCAGUAAGGCUAUUUUAAAAUUCCUUUUGCCCUGUGCAGGUGAGACACGAGCACCAUCUGAAAUCAGAGGGGAGGGAGUGGGGCAGUUUGCACAGGCAGGAGGAGGGCAGCUCUUGGUGUGGUGUGUGAGCAGAAGAGACUGCCCAGCCAGUCCUUGGCCAUGCCUCAUUCACAGUGAAGCAUCAAGGUUUCAGUGGCUGAUCUCUCUUUGCUUGUUUUCCUGCUGCAGAGGUCAACCAGCAGCACAUGUCCUGCCUGUGUAACCUGGUUAUUCCCCACCCCUGAGAGUCCUUAGUGGCAGCUACAGAUGAGCAAACUCAAAAUUCAAAGUAGAUUGGGAAAGAAGUUCUGUUCUUGAGCAGCUAGCUCCUCUGUGCCUCUGGCAGAGAUUGGAGGGCUUGGUAAGAAUAUUAGGAAGCUACAUUGUUCCUUAAUCCACUCCCUUAUCCAUCCUUCUCUUUCUCCAAAGUGUAAAUAAAGAAAAGAAUACAUUUUCAGGAGGCAGGCCUGCCAUGUCUCCAUGCCCUCCAAACCCUGAUGCAUCUCUUAACUGGGUUGUUGGUAGGAGUUUCUCCAGGCUUCAGAAGCUCAGGGAUUCUCUGACAAGUGUUUGCAGCUGGUGUGUGGAUGUCAUCCUCCAUCAGUGCAUGGAGAGUGCUUCCACACUGAUUGUCUUGGAGAACAAGACCACCCCAUGCAGUUUGUCACACCUUUGGUUGAAACUCACUGCAGAGCCCUGUGCAGGGUCCACAGCACUGGAGGAGUAUUUACCUCUCUGUACCACACCAGUCCAUGUUUGUCCCUCAUACCAUUGCUGUCCUUCAGCUGGGCAGAGCAGCAUUUGUGGGUUGUGUUCCUGCACAGAACAUCUCCACAAAUGGUCUGGAGCACUGUGUGGGACCUGGAUGAGCCCACGUGCCACUGCCCCUUCUUGGGCUGGGGUUACUGUUCUGCAGUGCCCAAGGAAAAGUGGUCCUCAGAAAGGUCUUUGAACUGUGCUGGUAAUUUGAUUGCUGGUAAUUUUUCAGAUGUUUAGCAGUACUUCCAAAAUAAACCAAAACCUGGUUUGGAAAAGGAAAAUGUUUCACUGUACAAUUGACUUUAAAAAUAAAAAAAAAAAAGAGAAGCCACAUGCUCGAUAUAUUUUGAGUACUGUGUUCUGUAUUUUUGCAGCUUAUAUUUUCCAGAUGAGCAGUUUAGAAAUAUGUGAUGUGAAAUACAUACUGUAAGUUUGCUGUAAAUGAUAUUAAAAACACUAUUUUCAUUCUUG